GUAUGGCGGGGCUACGAGAGCAUCAGGUGUCUGUGUUUUUGUGGUCCCCGUUGGAGGGGCAGGACACGACGGAUGGGAGAGUGGAGAGGUACUUCUUAUAGCAUAAGCCCCUCCCUAUCCUCCCAUCUCUCGCUAUCCUGUCCUUUCUCCUUCCAGUUACUGCAACUUCUUGCAUCAAUAUGUCUGGAACAUCGACUUAUAACCCCGCCGCGAAACAUUUCAUCAAUGACCCCAACCACUUAGUACUCACGGCCUUGAGGUCGAUUACUCUUGCCAACCCGUCAGUUGCUCUUGAUGCAGAGAACAAGAUUGUCUUCCGUCGCGGAGAUGCUGGCCUUUACAAAACUUCUCAGGUGUCAGUAGUUUCUGGUGGUGGUGCUGGUCAUGAACCUUCUUUCGCAGCCUUCGUAGGACCUGGUCUUCUCUCUGGAGCUGUUUCUGGAACAAUCUUCGCUUCACCCUCGGCCGAGCAAAUCAGAAGGUGUCUACUAGGCCGCGUUGAUUCUGCAAAGGGUGUUCUGGUCAUCGUCAUGAACUACACUGGUGAUGUGCUCAACUUUGGCAUGGGGGUUGAGAAAGCAAGAGCAACUGGCGUCGAUAUUGAGAUGCUGGUCGUUGGAGAUGAUGCAGGCGUUCCUAGAUCGAAGGGUGGUAAGGUUGGCAGACGAGGAAUUGCGGGAACUGUCCUCGUACAGAAGAUUGCUGGAGCUUUGGCAGCUACCGGAGCACCCCUCAAGGAUGUGCACCACGUCGCAAAACUCGCUGCUGACAACAUCGUCUCGAUCGGUUCCUCUCUUUCGCACGUUCACGUCCCAGGUCGCAAGGUCACCGAAGCGGGCGAGGACGAACUUACAUUUGAAGAGGUGGAGAUCGGUAUGGGCAUCCACAAUGAGGCUGGUUCGGAACGCACAAAGGCAGAUCUGCCCAGCCUGGUUGAACAGAUGUUGGCACACAUGCUAGACCAGGAUGACAAGGAGCGAGCUUUCCUCAAAGUGUCUGGCGAAGACAAGACGGUCGUAUUGAUCAACAAUUUGGGCGGUGUCAGUGUACUCGAGAUGGGCGGCAUCGCUACUGAAGUUCUGGACCAGCUCAAGAAGUACCACAACAUCAGACCCGUCCGAAUACUCGUCGGUACUUUCAUGACUAGCUUGAACGGCAUUGGCUUCAGUAUCUCUUUGCUCAAGCUCCAGGACACUGGCCUGGACAAGUCUCUGUUGCAAUUGCUUGAUGCUCCCUCGGAGGUCGCUGGUUGGGCGACACCCAUCAGUACAGCGACCUGGGAGAAUACGUCGACUGCGGCCGAUCGAAGGAGAACGGCCAAGGCUGACGGCGAACAAGACAUACCCAGCAACCUUACACUCAACGCCGAUGAGUCCAAGAGGGUGCUCAAGGCUGGUCUGGAGCGCGUCAUUGCCGCCGAACCGGAUGUCACCCACUACGAUACCAUUGUGGGUGAUGGCGACUGUGGAAUCGGUCUCAAACGUGGCGCAGACUCUAUACUUCAGCUCAUGUCUUCCGAUCUUGAUACAAAGGACGCCGCUAUCUUCCUAGGCCGUAUCACUUCAGUCAUAGAAACAUCUAUGGAUGGAACCAGUGGAGCCAUUUACGCCAUUUUCCUCAAUGCACUAGCUGCUGGUCUACGCUCACAAUCGCCAGAGUCCGGCAAGACAGAGGUCACGACGCAGAUCUGGGCCGAAGCAGCUAAGCAGGCUCUGGAAGGUCUCGGCAAAUACACACCGGCAAGACCUGGCGACAGAACUCUUGUGGACGCAUUGGAGCCGUUCAUCAAGCAGCUUGUAGCCACCGGAGAUCUGAAGAAGGCGGCACAGGCAGCUAAGGAAGGAUCAGAUGCCACCAAGGGAAUGAAGGCUAGUCUUGGAAGAUCAGUAUACGUGGGUAACGAGGGCUUCAAGGAAGUUCCGGAUCCUGGUGCUUACGGUCUCUCCGAGUUCUUGACCGGUCUUGCUGAGGCAUGAGGGAACGCGAUGAUAUAGGUUGAUUGUCCAGUUGUACAUAACAUGUGGUUGUUUAAAUCUGAGCAAACAGUUCCAAAGUGU